AUCGUAUUAUUUUGCUAAUUGUGCAACGUGUUUGAGUAAAAGUAGCGAGCAAGACUUAAAAUGAAAGUUGAAGCACUAGAUAAAUUUUGGACCGACAAGAGCCGAUAUGAUGUCGCAGAAAAGCGUUUCUACGAGGGACCUCUUAAGGUAACUGAUCGCAGCCACUACAGCCCUUUAGUAAGUGAAAUCGCGAAGGCUAGGGAACACAUACAGAACUCGCUGGAAAAGAUUGAUGGAGUUACUUUGGAUGAUGGUUCCCACUCAGAACUUGCGAAGCGAUUGUCUCAAUUGGAAAGCGAAAACAAAGAAUUGAAAUCCCAGGUUUCCAUAUUAAACCAACUUGUAGAUACCGUUGUAAAACGGUUAGAUCAGUUGAAUUUGACGAAUGGAGAGUCAAAGAAGCCAGAAGAAAAUAACGCGGUAUCGAAAAAACCAGAAACAAACAACAAAGAGGAGGACGAUGAUGUCGAUUUGUUUGGUUCGGAGAGCGAAGAGGAAGAGGAGGAGGCGGCCCGCAUAAGAGAAGAACGAUUGGCAGCAUAUGCUGCUAAAAAGGCCAAGAAAGUUCAAAUUAUUGCCAAGUCAAACAUCAUUUUGGAUGUGAAGCCGUGGGAUGAUGAAACCGACCUUAAAGUUAUGGAGACGGAAAUCCGCAAAAUCACUCAGGACGGAUUACUGUGGGGAGCUUCCAAAUUUGUCCCAGUUGCGUUUGGAAUCCAGAAACUGAGCAUUUCAUGCGUGGUUGAGGACGAUAAGGUAUCCAUCGACUGGCUGACUGAAGAGAUCGAAAAACUGGAAGACUUUGUCCAAAGUGUUGAUAUUGCUGCAUUCAACAAAAUCUAAAGAGUAUACAUAUAUUUUUUUAAUUCAGAUUGGGCUUAAUCUCAUUACAAAUGUUUUUGAGAGUAAUUUAAAUAAAUAUUUUGAUAAAAUA